AUGUCGCUAACGAAUUAUUAUUCCAUGAUGGGGCUGCAGACCGAGGAGCCGUACGGUGCACAUUUCAUCACGGGAGGCUUGCAGAGUUCGACGGCCGGCUGCGCAAAGCCAGCCCGGGGAGCGGAGGAGGAGGAGGGGACCCCCGGCUCACACAUUCCGGAUUUUUCACAUUUUUCCAACAAACAAACGAGCUUAAACGGCUUUUCGCCUUGGACAAACACCUCUGCUUCCUCUUCGUCAUCUUCACCGCAGCUGCAGUCCGCCCCCGGUGCCUCCAUCCCCGGCCUUUUUCAUCCACAUCACCUCCUGAGCCACCACCACCCUUACUACGGCCCACAGACGCAGACCCACACCGAACACCUCGCAUCCUCGGCCGCUUCGGAGAGCAGGUUCGUCCGCUGUUGGGAGGGGGCGACUCCCACCUCGGACACCGCUCUGUCUCAAACAACAGCCAGUUUUCCCGGGUGUCUCCCCGCUCAGGGUGACCUCUCCAAUCCGAGCCCGAGGUACGAGGCGGUUAAACCCGAGAGCUCACCGCCGUCAGACGACAGCCCCGGGGAUUCCAGCUUCGCCAGCCCGGCUGAGGUGGUCCUCGAGCGGCUGGGGACCGUAGAAGAGCUCGGAAGAAAAUCCGAGCCGAAGAAGGAGGACGAGGAGCGAAAGACACAACAGCAGCUGGACACGGAAAACCCAUCAGCUAGUUGGAUCCACGCCAAGUCGACCCGGAAGAAGAGGUGCCCGUACACCAAACACCAGACCCUGGAGCUGGAGAAGGAGUUUCUCUACAACAUGUACCUGACCAGAGACCGGCGCCUGGAGGUGGCAGGACUCUUAAAUCUGACAGAGAGACAGGUCAAAAUCUGGUUCCAGAACAGACGGAUGAAGAUGAAGAAGCUGAUGAUCCGAGAGAGAAGGAGUGUGAAUGAAUGA